AUGAAUAAAGUUAUUCCAAAUAUUACUACGUCUACUGGAAAUCCUUAUAUUAUUCCGAAAGAAUCUUCUAGCAAUAUGACAUCUGAGACUGCAAGUGAAAAAUCAGAAUCUAAUAUAUCUUUCAAAAGCAAACGUUUUGAAAGUGAUGUCUCAGAAAAGGAAAAUCAAGUCAAACAGGACAAUUCAAUCAAUGCUUCUGGAAAAUUGUCACUUCAAUUUAAGACUAGUGUCAAUGUCGGUUUCUCGAAAAUUCCCAAACAACUUUACAGAAAAGCAAUUCAGCGUGGAUUUACCUUUAAUAUUAUGCUCAUUGGUGUUACCGGUCUUGGAAAAUCCACUUUUCUGAAUACAUUAUUUAUGACAGAUAUAUACAAUGAUGAAUAUCCUGGUCCUUCCACACGUUAUCACAAAGAGAAUUCUGCCACCUCUUCAGUGGCCUCUCAGACCUUCCAUAUCACUGAAUCCGACGUUCACCUUCGUCUCACAGUCAUCGAUGCCCCUGGUUACGGGGAAGCCCUCGAUAAUUCAGCUUGUUGGCGUCUUUUGGUUGAGGAGAUCAAUCUUCGAAAUGCUGCUUUCAUGGAGGCGGAAUCGAAAGUGGAGAGGAAGACAUUUGGUGGUGGUAGUGGGAUUCUAGGAGUUAUGCCUGAUGAUCUUGUCCACGCCUGCUUUUACUUCCUGUCUCCAACUGGACAUGGCGUUAGACAAAUGGAUUUGGAAGCAAUGAGGGCUCUGCACGAUAAAGGUUGCUAUUAA